AAUAUACACAAAUAAUUUAUAAAAAAUUAAUAGCUCAUAAUGACUGAAAAAAUUACAAAACGCAUUCAUAAAUGUUGUGUUCCGGAAUGUCUGGGAGGAGAAAGAAGAUUUAAUCUACCAAAUCCAGACAAAGAUACUGAAAGAUUUAUAAAAUGGUUAAAAGUGAUAGGAAACGAUAAACUCCUUGCCAAAGCUCCUAUGAGUUUGCUUAAAAAUACAACGAUAUGUGAAAAACACAUAGAGAAAAAAUAUGUAAGUGGUCGCACGCGGUCUCACACAAUUCCAACACUUGAAUUAAAUCAACAAUACUGUAUAUCUGAUGAUCUUAUAAAUCAAUAUAUUUCGGAGCAUAAUUUAGAACAAAAAAUCCGUGAAAAUCCCAUCAGAAAUUAUGGAAGGUCAAGACUUCUUAUGAAAUUAUCCACAGUGCAAGAAGCAAGUGCAACGAUACUUAAAAAUGAUUGUGUACACCAUAUUGACGAGUCACCCAGAAUUACCACUCCCGAAAAUAAUGCUACACCACCAUUUAUUGAAACAGGGGUUAUACAAGAAAUAAUAAUUGACUCUGCAAACACAUCUGAGUCAAAAAUAAUAAAUAAUAUACAAAUAUCACAGCCAGACGUAAAUGAGUAUGCUGUCAAUUCACAAUCAUGGAGAAAUGACGUCGCAGGUAUACUACCACCAGGUACGAUCAGUGUAAAGGCUUAUUCUAGAAGAAGCAAGCGUAAUUUGAAGAAAAUUAGUCGAAAAUUUAAGCUUCUUAGAAAUUUUGGUGUUUCUCGAUUAUCUCAAUUGACUCGUGCUGAACGAAAAUGGUACUUAUUAUGUCGUGAAUUAUCACGAGCCGUCAUGAAGGCUAAUAAACGAUGUGAAAGUGCAGUCGAGGAAUUAGAGCAGAUUGAGCAUUUAUCAAGAGAAUUUUCAUGGGCCCAGAUUAAUCAGCUUCCAGAGAAGAUUAAAACCUUCAUAUUUUCAAAAAUCAAAAAUGCGUCAAAGAAUAAAUACUCAAGACAAUGGACUUUCGAUGAAAAACUCUCUUUUUACGCUAUAAAAAAACACAGUGCGGUUGCGUAUCGUCUCUUGAGUAGAAUGUUUUGUGUUCCCAGUGAAAAAACAUUGCGUAAACUUGACGUUGACAUUUGCUUAGAAGCAGGCCAUAAUCUAUCACUCUACAAAGUGAUAGCUGAAUUUGCUUUUUCAAAAGGUUGGAAGAGUUUAUUGUGUUAUCUGAAUUUUGAUGAGACUUUUAUAACUCCUGAUCUGGAGUACGAUCAAUCAAGUGGGACCAUUUAUGGCUUGGUUGAUGAUGGCCAUAAAAGAUAUCAAAAAGCCGCUAAUCAUGUUAUGGUUUUUAUACUGAAAAGUGUAAUGGGAGAUUGGGAAUUUCCAGUAUACUAUUCAUUCUGUCUAUCAACCACAACUUCAAACGACAUUAAGAGUACAUAUAGAGCCAUUGUAGAAAAUGCAACAAAAGUAGGCCUAGAAAUAAUUGGAUCUGUUUGUAAUGAAGGCCCUACAAAUAUAAAGGCUAUGAGUGAACUUAGUAUUGAAACAAAGAGAUUUAGAAACACUGAAGGAGAGUUAGAUGAUGAACUCAUAAUUACUAUUGAUGGUCGUGAUAUUUAUCACAUGUACGAUAUUCCGCAACUCAUGAUCAGUAUUCGAAAUAAUUUAUUAAAUCAAAAUUUAAAAUACAAAUUAGAGGACAAUGAUGAAUUUGGUGAAGCUUCAUGGGAUCACUUAGAACAAGCAUUUGAUAUGGAUAAAAUGAAUCCGGAAGGCCGACGUGAACUGACCAAACUUACCGAGUACCACGUAAGACCAAGUCUCAUUCCAAAAAUGAAAGUAAAAUAUUGCACUCAAGUAUUCAGCAAUUCUGUAGGCCUAAAAAUUUAUUCCUUGGGUUCUUACGAAGCUGUAAUGAGAGAUGACUCGAAUAACGUCAUAAUGAAAAUGCCUCGUGAAGCAAAGCAUACUGGCAACGUUUUAAUUUUUUUUAAUGAACUUUUUGAUAGCCUUCAGUCUCGCAAGGUAUUAACCAACAGCUCAAAUAACACAUGGAAUUAUUUUAAAGAAAAUCUCAAAUAUAAUAUGCGUUUUGUAAAAAAGAAACCAAAUGAACAUGAACUGCCACCAUGUCUUAAACAUUUUCCUGUUACUAUUGAAGGAUUUAAAAAUGUCAAAAAAUGUUUGAAAAAAAAAAAUAUUAAGCAUUUCAACGCCCGGCUUUUAAAUCAAGACGCGUUGGAAAAUUUAUUCGCACAAGUAAAACGAAUAGUGUGCCGUGACAUUCGACCAUCAGCCAAAAGUUUUAUUCAUAGAUAUCAACUUUUUGCUAUAAGAAAUUUUACCAGUAAACCUCGUUUUUCAAAUCGCCAAAAUGAUGAUGGACAGGAUGAUCUCAUAAGUAUUAGCAGCUUCGUAGAUAAUUUGCAUGCUAAAAAUAUACCUCAUCAACCGGAAAAUCUUGAAUUCCCAGUUAGUCAGGCAUUCAAACCUCGUAUGAAUAUUCAUAUCAAUAUUGCAAAAAUAUUCAACAAAAUACGAAAUAAAGCUGUUCUUUUUACACGUACUUGCUUUGUAUGUGAAGAAAAUAUAAAAAAACACAUAUUAAAAUCUAUUCAUGAAAUGGUAUCACCAUUUAUAUUUUUUUUCUCUAACUAUUAUGAAUUAAAAAACUUUGGCAAAUUACUCAAACAUCAAUUUAAUAAAAAAGAAUCAUUUUAUGCCACCUGGCAACUAUGUAAUCAUUUUGAAGAUAUGAAAUCUUUUGUUUUUUCAAUUUUUAUUGAUUCAGCAAUUGAAAACUAUCUAAAACAAAUUCGAUUAUUAAUAGCUGCAAAGCGUUUUAAAAAGUCUGGAUAUAAUUUGCUGGAAUUAAUGUCAUAAGUUCUGAUUAGGGCUAA